AACACUUCCUGCCACUUCUUGUCAGUUUGUUGUUGUUGACUAAAGUCUGAAGUAGUUUUCUUCCAACGUGUCGCUUACUUUAUUAACUUAAUGUUACAAAAGACAAAUAGAACCGACAGAGCUUAGGUAAUUCAGUUAGCAUUAGCCGCCGUUAGCUUCGGUCGUUCAGCGGCGGCUGUUAGUUGUUAGCCGGCAGGAUGAGCUCCUUCGCGGGCCUGGAAAGAAACACUUCGUGCCGCUCCUGUCAGUUUGUACCCCGUUUGUUGUUAGUGAACUAAAGGGGCGCUUUUAUUAACGCAAUGUUGUAAAAACAGAGUCAAGCUAAUGCGCGAGGCCUAGCCAGUUAGCAUACGCCGUUAGCCGCAGUUAAGAGUAGAAGGGAUACAGCUACGGUGACGACCGUUACGUUUCGGGAAAAGAUCUUGGUUUGGACUAAAACACUCCCGAGGAACGAACACUCGUUUCCUGGGUGAAGGUAUUAAAAUAUAUUAUUAUAUUAUAGUAGAUUUAGCGUAACGUUCGUCCGUAGCUGUAUCCCUUCUAGCUGUUAGCCGCAGUUAGCUUCGGUUGUUCAGCGGAAGAAGCGGCGGCUGUUAGCCGGCAGGAUGAGCCCCUCCGCCGGCCUGCACACCCAGCUGGCCGCCGUCAUGGAGUCUCUGGUUCACGCUGCGGUGGCGGAGCUCAAGAAGCUGGUGGAGGACAGCUCGGCCUUCGUGCUCCACCUGGAGGUCCGGGCCGGAGAGAAGCUUCCUCCGCCGGUCACACUGCAGGCCGAGAGCCGGGAGAAGAUGGUGCAGUUUGCGGCGGUGAUGGAGACUCUGGGGAACGAGGCUCUGGGGAAGAUCAUGAACGUGGUGGAAGAAGCCAAACUGCUGCUGGAGCCCGAAACCACCAAGAGACGGGUCAGCAAGAGACCUCAGACCAGCAUCCUGUACAUCCUCAACGAUACACGCACCGGGGCCGAGCACUCGUACGGAGCCCGACCGGAGACUUCCAGCAUGCACAGAUCCACUCAGACCAAACAGGAGCAGGAGGAGCCUGAGAAGCCCUUUGUCCCGGCCGUCACCAUUAAAGACGAACACGGAAACGUGGACCUGUGCGCCAUCACUCUCAGAGCGGAGAUCGAAGCGGCACCCCCACCACCGCCCCCACCGGUGACCUCUGACCUCCAGCCCUUCGUCCUGCAGAGCGUGACCUGGAAGUACUUCACGUGCACUUCCUGCGGUAAGUCCUUCUCGUCCCAGAGCAACCUGAAGAGCCACUACCGGAUCCACACCGGCGAGAAGCCUCACGCCUGCGGCGUGUGCGGCCGAGCCUUCCGCCUGGCGGCCGGCCUGAGGAACCACGCCGCCACGCACACCGGCGAGCGCCCGCACCGCUGCCCCGUCUGCGGCAAGAGCUUCACCAAGCCGGCGCAGCUGAAGACGCACGCCGUGGUGCACACGGGCGAGAGGCCCUACGCCUGCGCCGCGUGCGGCAAGCGCUUCAACGUGCUGCAGAACCUGCACCGGCACGAGCACACGCACACCGGCGAGAAGGUGUUCGUGUGCGGCGUCUGCGGCAAAGGCUUCACCCGCGCGGUGACGCUGAAGACGCACCGGCUGAUCCACACCGGCGAGAAGCCGCUGCAGUGCGAGCUGUGUCCCAAGACCUUCAGGCACGCCGUGAACCUGAAGAACCACCAGAGGAUCCACAGUGGGCUCCGGCCACACAGCUGUGAGCUCUGUGGGAAGAGCUUCAGGCAGUCAGUCAACCUCAAGAUCCACCGGCGCAUCCACACCGGCGAGCGCCCGUUCGGCUGCCAGGAGUGCGGCAAGACGUUCAGCCAGCAGAGCAGCCUGAUCACGCACGGCCGCACGCACUCCGCGGAGCGCCCGUUCAGCUGCAGCUACUGCGACAAGAGGUUCAACAACAGCAACAGCCUGAAGCUGCACCUGCGGGUGCACACCGGCGAGAAGCCGUACGGCUGCGACAUCUGCGGCAAGACCUUCAGCCAGUGCAGCCACCUGCGCACGCACAAGAGGCACAUCCACGCCGGGGGCAAGCAGUUCAUCUGCGACAAGUGUGGGAAGACGUACUCGGACCGGAGGAACCUCAAGCUGCACAAGUGCGGCUACGCGUGAACAAAGACACUAAAAUCAGCCGUUUCUUCAGUGGAGUCUGGCACAGGCGACAUUACAACUCCAACGUUAUUAGAGAUUAAAUAUCCGAGUUUCUCAAAGUCAAAGCUGUUUAAUAUUAGAGAGAAGAAAUCGCCAUAUUUUAGAGGCUGAAAACAUCCUUUUCUGCCUUUUUUGCAUGAAAAAUAACUUGAAUCGAUUAUGAACAAGAAUCUACAAGCAGGAAUAGAGACGUUAAAUCAGCCGUUUCUUCAGUGGAGUCUGGCACAGGCAACAUUACAACUCAAACGUUAUUAAAUAAUGUUUUGUCCGAGAUAAAAUAUCCGAGUUUCUCAAAGUCAAAGCUGUUUAAUAUUAGAGAGAAGAAAUCACCAUAUUUUAGAGGCUGAAAACAUCCUUUUCUGCCUUUUUUGCAUGAAAAAUAACUUGAAUCGAUUAUCAACAAGCAGGAAUAGAGACGUUAAAUCAGCCGUUUCUUCAGUGGAGUCUGGCACAGGCAACAUUACAACUCAGAACGUUAUUAAAUAAUGUUUUGUCCGAGAUAAAAUAUCUGAGUUUCUCAAAGUCAAAGCUGUUUAAUAUUAUACAAAAGAGAGAAGAAAUCACCAUAUUUUAGAGGCUGAAAACAGCCUUUUUUUGCAUGAAAAAUAACUUGAAUCGAUUAUGAUCAAGAAUCUACAAGCAGGAAUAGAGACGUUAAAUCAGCUGUUUCUUCAGUGGAGUCUGGCACAGGCAACAUUACAACUCCAACGUUAUUAGAGAUUAAAUAUCCGAGUUUCUCAAAGUCAAAGCUGUUUAUUAUUAGAGAGAAGAAAUCACCA